GAUGAAUGAAGUUCUCCCCCUCCGAGGAGGCAGGAGAGCUGGGGGAGGGGAAUCGGAAAGACCGGGACCUUCCGAUCCCCGGGGUCUCCGAGAUCCCCUGAGUCCCGGUGUGCGGGGAAUUCCCCCAUUCGCGCUGGAAGCGGCCCCACGCCCUUGUCGGGGAUAGCAGGAAGUGAAACUCCCGGACCGAAAACCCUGGAGCGGCCGGGAGAAUGGGACUCUUUGUCAGGGCAGGGGCGAAGGGACCACCCCAUCUGCGGGGAAGGCCGGGAAGGAGAGCGGAGCGCACGCGGACAUUUCGAAGCCCUAGGGCCGUGGGGAGCGGGCGCUCGGGCUGAAGACACAGUUGCCCAGGCUUCUGGUGGGCGUGGGAUUGGGCACUCCCCACCCAUGCCCCUCAGGCUCGAAGUAUCUGUGCGUAAGGGUCCGAUCGGAUGGACUUCUAGAAGGACUUGGUUUGAAACCAUCUUCUGCUGGCAAGCUCCUGCCAGUGCCAUCCAAGUGACUGUGUCAGACCCCUACCACGUGGUGAUCCUCUUCCAGCCCGUGACCCUGCCCUGCACCUACCAGCUGACCACGACCCCCACAGCACCCAUCGUGAUCUGGAAGUACAAGUCCUUCUGCCGGGACCGCAUCGCUGAUGCCUUUUCUCCAGCCAGUGCGGACAACCAGCUCAAUGCCCAGCUGGCAGCUGGUAACCCGGGCUACAACCCCUACGUGGAGUGUCAGGACAGUGCGCGCACUGUCAGGGUCGUGGCCACUAAGCAGGGCAAUGCUGUGACCCUGGGAGACUACUACCAGGGCCGGAGGAUCACCAUAACAGGAAAUGCUGACCUGACCUUUGACCAGACGGCGUGGGGGGACAGUGGUGUGUAUUACUGCUCUGUGGUCUCAGCCCAGGACCUCCAGGGGAACAACGAGGCCUACGCAGAGCUCAUCGUCCUGGGCAGGACCUCGGGGGUGGCUGAGCUCUUACCUGGUUUUCAGGCGGGGCCCAUGGAAGACUGGCUGUUCGUGGUUGUUGUCUGCCUCGCUGUCUUCCUUGUCUUCCUCCUCCUGGGCAUCUGCUGGUGUCAGUGCUGCCCGCACACCUGCUGCUGUUACGUCAGGUGCCCCUGCUGCCCAGACAAGUGCUGCUGCCCAGAGGCCUUGUAUGCUGCUGGCAAAGCAGCCACCUCAGGUGUCCCGAGCAUCUACGCCCCUAGCACCUAUGCUUACCUUUCUCCUGCCAAGACCCCACCCCCGGCAGCCAUGAUUCCUAUGGGCACUGUCUACAAUGGAUAUGCUGGAGACUUCGACAAGAAUAGCUCAGUAGGUGGCUGUAGCUCCCAGGUACCCCUGCUUCGUGAUGCAGACAGCAGUGUGACCUCUGAAGUCCGCAGUGGCUACAGAAUUCAGGCCAGCCAGCAGGAUGACUCUAUGCGAGUCCUGUACUACAUGGAGAAAGAACUGGCCAACUUUGACCCUUCUCGACCUGGGCCCCCCAGCAGCCGUGUAGAGAGGGCCAUGAGUGAAGUCACCUCCCUUCAUGAAGACGACUGGAGAUUGCGGCCUUCCCGCGGCCCUGCCCUCCCCCCAGUAAUGGAUGAGGAAUGGGGUCGCCACUCCCCUCGGAGUCCAAGGAGAUGGGAGCAAGAGCCCCUCGCAGAACGGCCCAAGAGUGGCUGGGGGGCCGGGCGUCCCCGGGCUCGCUCUGUGGAUGCUCUGGAUGACCUCACGCGGCCAGGCUCUGCUGAAUCAGGGAGGAGGUCUCCCCCAAGUAGUGGGAAGAGAGGCCGAGCUUAUGCACACCCCCGAAGCCGCAGCCGUGAUGACCUCUACGACCAAGAGGACCCAAGGGGCUUUCCACACUCCCAGGAACCCCACUUCGAUGACUUCCGGUCUAGAGACCGCCCUGGUGCUGACCCUAGGAACCGCUCUCACCGCUCUCGGGAUGCUCGGAACGAGAGGUCCAGGGACCCCGAAUAUGAUGGUCGGCUUCUGGAAGAGGCCUUGAGGAGGAAGGGGCCAGUGGAGAGGAGGCCUUACCGGGAGGAAGAGGACGCCUACUACCCUCCAGCGCCUCCCCCUUACUCCGAGACCGACUCCCAGGCCUCACGGGAGCGGAGGCUCAAGAAGACCUUGGCCCUGAGUCGGGAAAGUUUAGUCGUCUGAUCUCACGUUUUGUAUGUAGUUUUGUACUUUUUUUUAAAUUUGAGGAACUGUUGAUAUUCUUCUAAGUCUAAUAAAAUAUAUGAUCACAAGGCCUAA